UGCGUUUUUUUACAAUCCUUUCCAUUCUUGCAUCCGUGCUGGAAGGCUUCACUCCCCCCUCUGCCUUUUGUUUCCGAGGUGGAGCCUGAUACACCGACUUCUUCAAACUGAACUGCCAGCGAAGCAGACGGACACGAUAGGACCGGGACCAGCAGUCAGUCGGUGGCACAGAUCUGGGACGCGCCGGAUCGAAAGGAGGGACCAGAAAGGAAGGAAGGAAGAAAAAGGGAUUUUGUGCAGCGCUUUGUACGCUUGGUUUCAUCAUUUUACAAACCGGCUACACACGGUACAGCUCAGAGAAAGAUGAAUCAUUUCAUCCUGCUGUCGCUUUUUGCCACGAUCAUCUCCGGAAAGUCACCUCGGCUGAAAUUUGUUCUGCACGAGAACUCCCGGUUCCACUUCGACAAGCCUGAGAACUACAUCAGCAUGUACCACCAGGAUGGGAGCGACACGCUGUACGUGGGCGGCCAGGCAAUGAUCUACGUGUUGACGUUCACUAACAGAGGGGUCCGCAACCUGCAGAUCCCAGCGGCAUCGGACCAGACCGCAAUUGAUACCUGCAAGGCAAAGGCUGCGCCACUCGAGUUGGAGUGUGAUAAUUUCAUCACCGUCAUUCAGAAAGUAAACGACACAAUGAUAAUAUGUGGCACUAAUGCUGGAAGCCCCAGGUGCUGGAUGCUGGUAAACGACACUGUGCUGACUGACGUCCAGGGCAACGGGCAGAUAGCAUCGGCCUCUGACAUCUCACCACCCUACCCUUCCCAAAAGUCCAUCAGCUUGCCUGCAGAUGGGAGUCUGUACUCUGCUAUGUCGUCGGUGACAGGUCACCCCGGCUCGAUCCGCCGUACGUUUGGAUCCCAGAAACUCCUGAAGACGGAGAACGUUUGGCUGCUGAAUCCGCAGUUUGCUGGAGCGGCCAUAAUGCCGUCUACACUGAAGUACAAGGAGGAGAUCUACUUCUUCUUCAGUGAGCUCAACAAGACAGCCAGAGUGGACGAGGAGCCUUACAGGGCACGCAUCGGCCGAAUCUGCACGGUGGACGAAGGCGGCAUCAAAGCCCUGCUGGCCGACUCAUGGACCACCUUCAUGAAGGCCCGGGUCAUGUGCGGCGCAGGAAACACUCAGCAGCAGUACAACAACAUGAAGCAGGCGGUGGUGCUGACAGCGCAGGACAAGAGGGCUGGAGUCCUCUAUGGCCUGUUUUCCAACGCAUGGGGUAGAACAGUGAUCUGUGCCUACUCCAUUGAAGAUAUUGACCAGGCUUUCUCCACAUCCAAACUGAAGGGCUACAGCAGUCCAUUCAUUGGCAGUCGCCCUGGGAUGUGUGUCCGCAAAAACUCUACAGCAGGAGGCAACAACGAAAUCAAAAACCUUGGGGUGAUCAGAUACCAUCCAGAAAUUGAGGAUGUGAUCCGGCCUGUCGGUGUGGCUCCACUGGACCUGCCCACGGAUGACCAAAUCACACACGCUGUGGCAGACAUCGUCCUGGCGGUCAACGAUGAGCACUACAGCGUCCUGUACCUCGGAACGGACCAAGGCAAAGUACUCAAAGUUCUUCACAGCAGCGAGGGGGUCUUCAUCAUAUCUCAGUACUCUCUGUUUCACAAUGAGGGCCCCGUGCUCAACAUGGCCAUCGACUCCCAAAAGGGACAUCUGUACGUUGGGACAGCGAUGGAGGUCCAGCGGCUGCCGCUGGCUGACUGCAGUCGCUAUGGCAACACGUGCAGGGAGUGCAUCCUUUCCAGGGAUCCAUACUGCGGCUGGGACAGGGCCAGGAGGAAGUGUAUCCCAAUCCCGCCCGGAUACAACGUCACCACAGGGACACUCAUUCAGAAUCUGGACCGUUCGAACUCCUCGGUUUGUGGCGAAGCUGCCGCUUUAAAACAGCGUAGCACUUCCCCCAGAGAAGUGUUGGUGCAGUCCAACACCUCCAUCUUUCUCCCUUGCCCCGUGCGCUCCUUCCACGCCACCUACCGCUGGGUGAAAGACAACUGUGUCAAGAACUACCCCUGCCUCUUCUCCGGAGACUUCUGCGUCCUAGGGCCGGCUUUGGACACGCCCCUGAAGGAAGGCGUCUUCCGCUGCAUAGCCACCGAGGACGGGUUCAAAGUGGAGGUCAUCUCCUUCAGGCUGGUGAACGACGGCAGGCACCUGGCCGCCUCCCUCGCCGCCACCUUGGGGCCGUCGAUCCUGCUCGCCAUGGCCACCCUGUGGCUCCAUUAACUGCAGCUACCGCUAAUUAUGCUAACCCCUCAUCCUUACUGGCUCCAAAUGACAGGAAAGACAAGGGGCGUCUGUUAGGAGGUUAGGUUCGCAGAGCAUUAAAGUACAUGGUUGGGUUGGACAGUGAACACUGUUUUUAGAGAAAGAAUCCCCCAAAAAAUGUGAGCGAGGGAUUAAAUUCUGUAUUUUUUGUUGCUGCAUAAAAGCAACAUAUCUGCAGUUGUCUUAAAGAGAUCCAAACUCAAAAAUACUUUCAUUAACAUUCAGACUAAUUUCUUCCCAUGACAUCUCGCGAGUUUGCUCAACCGUAAUUAGGUGCUUUGCGAAACUAUCCUCUCUGACUCAAAACAUAUCUUAUGAGUUGAAAAAAAAAAAAAACAUCAAUACCAGGCCAAUUCUUUUUACCAUUUCUCUACUUAUUUUCAAAUUGACUUGACUGUGCUUAUUUGUGAAUAUAUAAACCUUUAAUACCGCUCUUACAUCGAAUCAUUCAUGUUGUUAAACCUUAUUGCUAUAGCUCAUUAGUACUCAUUAGUACUUAGAAGUGUCUGGUAUUGAGAUUUAAAAAGCCUUAACACUUCUAGGACAUAAACUCCUAAGCACAAUUUUGCAGUCGAGGCAGAAUACUGCAGCCUCAGUUGGACUUGGCGCUAUAAUUAGUGCCGCUGAGUCUAACAACGUCGCUGGGAGGAAGUGUCAGCUUUUUGACAGGAAGUAGGCGGAUGAGCAAGAGCUCAUUCUCGAUCAUCACUGUGUCUCAGCACCUCCUCCUCAGACGAGGCAGUUUCUUGCAUCUUUUUAUCAGAUGGUAUCAGACAUCGUCAUUACGCCUUGUUCACAGCUUUAGUCCGUUGUGUUUCUCUUUAAAUGACAUCGUCUUUCCUCUCCAGAGCAUCAGAAACAAAAAACUUAACACUGAGAUCAAUGGGCAUCGAUUUUGACUUAUCUCCUUAAAUUCCCCUUUAAAGGCUAUUUGUACAUGACUUUAUGCCUAUGUGUUCCACUUCAAAAUGAUCAGAACAAACUCAGCUUUCUGUUUAGUGAGGCCCAAAGUUGUCCUAGUGCAAUGUAUAAAGACAAUUUAAAUAAACAAGUGUUUGAAUUGAGUUUAUCAAAGCCGACAGACACCUAAGUCCUCUAUUAAAUACCCAAUAAAAGGACGCUAAAGCAAAGAUUCUGCUGAUUCUGGAAAUACGUAUUCCACAUUUCUGCGCUGUAUUAUAUCUGAAAUAUUAAAUGAGACAUUGAAAAAACAUUUUCAUGGAGGUACCAUGCAUUCAUUGACCUCAGUAAGGAGCUAACCCCUCAGAAUCUUUGAACAACUGAGUCUCAAACAUAAAGCAUUAAAUUACUAAACCCAUCUCUAUCAAUCGACUAAGUAUGUUCUUGGUCCAAAAUCUGAAGUGUCCGGAAGCUUUUCGGAAACACAGAAGAAUGACAAGGAGGAGCUCUUCUGCAAAUGACAUCCAAUUUCUGUUAACCCAACAAUGCGUAAAGAUGUGAACAAGGUGUUGCGCUAUAGCAAUUUCAAUAAACACACAUUUACAUUAUCAUAAGGGCAGAUGAAGCUAAGCGGAACUGCAUAUUAGGCUUGCAUUUUAUAGUUUGCUUGGAGAGAAAAAGGCUUGUACUUAUAUCUGUGAAGUGUGUUCUGUAUUUUAUUGCUCUGCAGAUGCUGAUUUCUACCAUUGCUGCCUAUAUAUGUUAGACUUUUUCUUGAUUGUUUGGGUAAUUAUGCCAUAGUUAGAACGUGAUAUAUGACCAUUGGCGGCUAUGCCUCUCUUCCCAGGGACAUAAGUGCAAAUAGACAAGACAAUGGUUUGUGUUUGUCAUACUUGUAUCUCUAUGCUGUGAAACAAAAGGCUUGACAGAUUCCAUUAAUAUGCAUUACUGAUGGUCAGCAGCAACCACAACCAGCGGCAACAACCUUAACGCUAAAUCUGAACAAUCAUCCUUUCUUUGAAGUACACACUUUAUAAAGACCUAAAAGGCAGACUAAAGCUCUAUGGAAAAACGAGUAAUGAUUUUGCUGCAGUUCAGUAGCUCUAGAAGACCAAACCUUCUGAAUACUGAUCAGCUGACAGAAGAAGUAUGCUUUGUGCGGUGAUGAAUUAUGCAGCGGAUUAGCAUGUUCUCCAGAGCUUUGAGAAUUAUCAUUCAGUAGUGUUACAUACAUCUGGCCGUGCCGAGGAUUUCACAGUGGCAGAGAUGUCAUUAAUAGCUAAUUUGGCAAUGGAGCCGACACGUCAGGCAAAAUAUUUAAAAAAAAAUGUCAUACCGAGCUAUGAAAAAUAUUGAGGUAGUGUUGUGCUUCUCACUCAGCUUGGUUGUGUGUUGCUGCUCCUCGAGCUUCUUGCUUUCUGCAUUGCACUGACUCUGGAUACUGACUGUGCUUAGAAAAAGAAAAA